AGAAGAAACCAAUUUUUAAUACACAGCAUGUUAAAAUUUAUGAACGUGUCAGGGGAGGACGGCCACUGUGUUAAACAGCCUAGUGUGAGGACGGUUGAGUCAUCGCAGCACACGGUCCGCUCCCGGCCUGCCGGAUGGUGGUUGUCUGCUACAGGAAAUCCUUGAAAGAUGUGUUUAGUGUUCACUCAACGAAUGUUAUACUAUAUGAGCAUGUUUGCUGAGGAUGCCAAGGUAAUCCUCUUACCCAGUUCAGUGUCUUCCCAGUUAUCCAGUCGGCUUCUCCAUCUUGUGCACCAGUCUUUUCUGAGGUACAACACUUGGACUCCCGGGGCUCUGGUGUACCAGCAUCCUCUUCUCCCUCUUCAGACAAAACUUUGCGACUCGGAUUUCAUAGCGGUAACAAAAGCUGAUUGACCAUGGGAGACCGAAGUCUGCCUCCUCAAGUGGACGGGCAUCCACAGGGUCGCCUUGAUCUCAUUUUUGGGCGUCCUGCAAUAUUCCCACCUGCAAAACCUACACAGUCAUAUAUCUUCACAUUCCGGUGGUGGGGUGAUACAAGACCCUGUAUUUUACGACUUCCUCCAGAGAAAAGUGAAGCAAGAAUCACAUACUAUGUCACAUGCGGUCCUCAGUCAUUUCGUCAGUAUCUCUGUGACAGCAAAAGCUUACAUGUGAAUCUCAAGAUAGGUGGAGGAGACAAUACGGAAGCAGUGGAAGAUGGCAGAAUAUCUUCUGGGAAGCAAAUGCAAAGCCCAAGAAAAGCUGAAUGCGACACACCAAGACAAAAGUUACUCAGGCGUCAGCUAAGACUUAAAAAAGGAUGGCAGGAUGGUGAUGUUAUAGGGAUCUUUAUACUUCCAGAUUUAAAGUUGAAUUCACGAGGGGACUAUGUCUAUGAAGGUCGAAUUAUAGAUUCUUGUGCUGACAUAAUUGGUACAGUUGUUGUCACCAUGGUCUUUAUGGAAGGUACUCUUGAAGAUUUCCAACAAAUAAAGAUCCAGAAUGAAGAACAAUCUUAUCUCCAUGAAAACAAUACGCAAGGAAAGACGGAUGAUGCCAAGUCUAAACCGCGUGCAUCGGGAAUUCCAAUUUUGGGGUCACAUGGUAGCAAGUCUUUGAAAACGCGAACAGAAGGUUACAGACCAAGAAGUCGAAGUGGCAGCUUCAGAGAUUCACUCAGACAAAAGUGUGAUAAAUUAAGAUCUCCUAAGAAACAUGAAGAAAAUGCUCUUGAUUUAGGAACUCAGGAGAAAGAAAACCAGGCACCACAUAGAACAAAAGCUGGCAGUUUCACAAAAGUGGGAAGAGAAGAUACUUUACAGCAAGAUAAACUUCAAGUUUGGAAACAUAGUAAUUUACAAGCUGAAAAUCAAGUUAAUCCACAUGUUAAAGAGACAGAUAAUUCACCUUUAGGGCAACAAGCGUGUGUUCCAGGGCUCCCACUAGUGGGAUGGGAAGAAACUUCACAAGUAAUGAAACAAGUUGGACGUGAAGGAAAUGCACACGGGAUGUCACAUGGAAGCCCUCACGGGGUACGUCACGUGAUACCUCAGGUAACACCGAGGAAGAAUUCACAGGUGACACAACAGGACAGCCCACAAGUUGUGCGCAGAGAGAGAAAAUCUCAAGAUGGUAUUUUUGCCAGGGAACGGCCAGCAAGUUGGGGUCUGUAUCCUCUGUUAGAUGGAGCUGAUCCACAUUCUUUAGUUGAUUCAGGUGCAGUCAAGGCUGAGGACCUUCCUAUCCUUUUGCAAGUUUUAAGAGGCCGGUCACCCAACCUUGAAAUUUCCAAUCUGGAUCCUGAGACCCAAAAGCUCCUUGAUGGCCUUGAUCUCUCCACUAGCUCUAUUAGUGCUGAUUCUUCUGGGAGAAAAACAUCUCACAUUCAGGAAUCUGGAACAGAAAACCAUACAGGAAAGGCCAGGAGCCCAAUGUACAGUGUAUUUAAGAGUGCUCAAAAUGAUAAUGUUAAUUUCUCAGGGGUAUCCAUGACCUCUGGAAUAUGGCCAUUGGAAGAAGGCAAAAAUGCUUCAGAAAAAAGUAAAAUUUUGGCUCCCAAAUCAGCGAUGGACAAGAUCAUUUCACGCGAUAACUCAAAAUUUGGAUCACCGCGAAGAGUUCAGCAAGGCAUGAAUGCACGAACAAAAAUUCCUACGUCACAGGUUAACAGAACUCCUGUAAAAGCUUGUCGAACACUCAUAUCACAUACAGUGACAGACGAGAAACCACCUUUCCCAGUCAAGGACUUAAUUAUGGAUUCAAAGGACAUUAAAGAAAGCGUUAAUUGUGAAAAGAUAGCUCCAAGUAAAUAUGGAUCAGAAGACGAGGGAUCGGUGCUGAUAGUCGACAUAGGAACACUAAUUCUGGCACCGCCAUUGUUGCCUCCAAAGCCCUUGAAUAACGCAGAAAAGGUUUCUGGUGUUCGAGUGAUGCACCGUAGCCGUGUGUGUUAUUUAACAACUUUAGACGUAAAUCUACCUGGAUUAGACAUCCCUCCUGAAUGGGAAAUGGCUCAGACGUGUGCUUCAAGGCAGCUUGUUGAUCACGAAAUUAAUUACAAUGUACGAGAAGUGUUAAGAUUACCACCGGCAACGGCACUGGAAGUUUUGAGAGGUCAUCUAAUAGUGAGGUGUGUUUGUCGUCGGUUGGGGGAGCGAGACAGUGAGGAAGUUGGCAGUGCCAGUAUCAGCCUUAUGGAUUUAUGGCAGCUUAAUGGAUCACAGGUUAAUGUGCCACUUUUUAGGACACAAGUCCAUAGUGGUCAAGAUUCUCUUACUAGAAGGCAAGGAAAAAAGGGAAAGAAAAGAGAAGAAUGUAUAGAAGAGUCUUUUGCACAGUUGACCUUUACUGCCCGAUUAGGAUUGGCUCUUGGUCGCACAGCAGGUCAAAACGAUGGGAAAUUAGAGAAUUUGGAUAUACCUUCAAAAGCUUUUGAAAAGUUUGAAAAUUCGAGUGAAGCCUCUCCUGAUUGUCUAACAAGACGUGUGCAUUUGGCUUCUAAAUCAUCAGAAGAUAUCUAUAAUUCAGAAAAAUUAUCUGAAAGAGAUGUUGCACACAGAUUUCUUGAUUCACCAACUUACUUAAACUUGGGUAAUGACAGACACCCAAUUACAGAUAAAAGACAAUCAAAUCAUCAUCUGAAACCAAGACUAACCAUCCCUGAUGACUCGGUACAAGGGUCAGCUUUUAACUCCAUAUAUGCCCCAACACACAUUAACUCAAAUGAGAAAGUUUCUAGGGGUAUUUGGCAAUAUCCUGCAAGCCAAAGUAAGGUUGAAAUUGUUAAUAGUAUUCUAGGGCACUCCUUCGAGUCCAAAACUCUCGGCUCUAAUGAUACAGCAUUUCAAGGUUACCAUGGUUCAUUUCUUACUGGCAUAAAUGGAUAUGAAAAUCCCAAUAACAAACCCAUAGAGAGUGGUGGCGAGUCACCAUGUAUAAGAACGGCCUCUGAAUUCACUGCUGAUUUUAUAAAUUAUGACUCCUUGAGCCAGAAACCUGCCAUUGAGCUCAAACGAGAGGAACGAGGAGGAACCUGUAGAAUACACUUGGAGAUUCUUAAAGGAAGAAAUCUGCCAUUACUAGAAGGGCCAGAUGGCACCCCAAGACCACCAAACUCCUACGUAAGAACAACCAUAGGAUCUCAUAACAUCCUCACCAAUGUUUAUCAGGAAUCUGAUAAUCCAGUAUGGAGUUUUGCUACUGACGUACUUCUCCCAUAUUCGCAGCUCACUCAGACUGAUGGAAGUCUUAUCCUGAAAGUACAUCACACACAAGUGUGUCAUAGAACGUCAGUUGAAGAUCUCCUCCUGGGCUUUGUUUGUGUGGAUGCCACCUCCAUAUGGAGUGGCCAUGUGUCUCUAUGUGGCUGGUAUCCUUUGCUGGAUCUCCGUGGUGCUGUUAGGGGGCACGUGAAGGUUUCACUCACUCCACAUGAGCCUCCUCAAACCAUAACUCCAACAAGCCACUGGUUUUCAGUCAGCCUACAAGAGCAUACAAGUUAUUACCCACCAUCAAGCCCUUGCCAGUCAAGACAUUCCUAUCCACAGUAUACAACACAUGCUAGUGAAGUACAUUCAGAACCGCAACAUCUUUAUUCAAGAAAUGAUACGGGAAUCCCUACCAUAGCAUCUCUAGAUAGAUCCUCGAGUGCUUUUUCACAGCUUUCUCCAAGGUCUCGCAGAAGAAAUUACAGCCAGGCUGGACAGUGUAUGCAGGACCACUCUUCCGUGGAAACUGGGAGAGUUUCAAAUCCCAAUCUUGAUUCUCACUUAUAUACUAAUUUCUCUUCUGUGGUGGAUUCUGAAUCAGUUACUGAUGAUCAUAUAGUUCAUAAUGAAUCUGGUUCUGGUAAUGAAAUAUCUCAAUCAUUUGUAGGAGUUCCAGAUGAUGAUCAUUCCCAUUAUUUAAGCAGGAAAACUUCGAACAUUCCAAUUUUCUCGCACAAUAAAAUUUCAGAUAAAACAUCAAAUGUCAUAAGUGAUAAAGCCAAACAGAACAGUGCCUUGCCCAAAGUUUUGUAUAAAGAAGAUGAAAAUGUUUGUCCAAAUACAUCUGUUGUUAGUCAAGGUUAUUGUAGGCACAAAGGUUCAAUUAUUGUUAAAGGAGUAAAUGCUGACUUUAAUGAGGCAUCCCAUUUAAUGGAAACACCUUUAAAAGACACUAGUAAUUACAGUUCAUGUAAGCAUCCAUCGGAGAGGGAAAAUGUAAAAAUGUUUAAAGAUUCCAUAAUUCUUUCUCAUUUUCAAAUGCAGAAAAAAAAUGAAAUGAGUAAGGAAUCUAAAGUAAAAAAAGAAUUAAUCCCAAGCAAUAUCCCUCCUGGUGGAAAAUGUGAGUUAAAUAAUAAAGGAUCCAUUUCAAGUACAGGCAAAGAAUACUCAUCCACUGAUAACCAGCAAUUGGUAGCAGAUCAAAAAUUAUCUGAGAACAGGCCAAGUUCAUGCCUGAAGGUGCCUGGUAGUCCAUCAUUAAGAGCAAAACACGUGACCUUUGCCCAUAAAUUAGUUCACCACCAGUGCAAUGAUGCAGAAAAUGGAGAUCACUGCUCCCAAGACAAGACAAACAGGAGACUUCAGUUGUUUUCUCAGAUGUCCAGGACACCUCAAGCAACUAGUCCAGAGAUAUCUACAGAUUGCAACAUCGACAAAGAGGGUAGAAGAACAGGGACAUCGAGGGGUCAGAUUGUGUCGCAGCCUACGAAGGUAGAAGAGUCGGACUUACAGGUAGUGCCGUGUAGGGAGGGGGACACGCAGAUUGUAACAACGACUGUUAGUGUACAAGGCAGUAAGACCUUGAAUGCCGUACCAAGUUAUGGCAUCCCCACCUCGUGCGACAAGAAUAGAGCAGAUCUUAUCAUGGCCUUCUCUUGGAUGAAUCAAACAUCAGGUUAUGACACUCCAUGUGUUUCUUAUAUUGAAUCAAAGCAACAGCCUAAGCAAAACAGUCAAAAAUCUUAUGGCAACUGUACUUCCAGUGAUAGUGCACCAUCUGCUGAUAUAAGAAAAACAUCUAUAGAACCCAACAGUAUCUUACAGAAGAAAUCGAGAAAAUUUAGAAGUAGGUUAGCAGCAAACUUUUCCUUAAAAUGAUUUAUAAACUUAUUUGCUAUCAUAUAUGUUUAAUUGCAUUAAUGAGCUAUAGUACAAAUUUUUUUCAAUUAUUCCAUAGAAUUUUUAAGUAGCCUCAAACAUGCAUACUAAAAACUGCACAAUAAUGAAGAGGAAAUUGUUUCUGUUGAUCCUGGAAUAUUACCGAGUCAAAACACGCUAAUUUUCUUUUCGUUAACGUAUGCAUUUUUUCCAUCCAUUGUAGUGUGGCUUUUAUUAUCCAAUGUAAAUUACUUUUAUUGAACAUCUUAGGAUGUAUGAUGGGAAAUGUUUGUACCCAGUGAGUAGCAGGCUACUUGCUUCAGUCCACCUGUGAACUUGUACAGUACAUUCAAGAAUAUCUUUUUCCAUUUUUAUCCGCAUAAAUUUUUAUUUUUAGGCAAAAGUAAGAGCCGUGACUUUAAUUGUUUGAAUCUUGAACCAAUGUGUGUUCCUUGGAUGCCUUAUUCCUUGAGCUUAAGUACUGGUGUGAGAAGUUUUAGCACUGACUUCUAUAUUGUUCUGUAUAUAGAUAAAUAUUUAAUUCCACAUUUGUCAUAACACCAAGGUGCAUCUUCCUGAUGCAUGCCUCUGUAAUAAUGGUGCUCUUUCUCAAUACUCAUUCUCAGUAUACAUGUAUACAGUACAGUAUACAUGAGUACGGUACGAUACUGUAUAUAUUUGUGUAUGGUAAAGUAUAUGCGCGUACGGUAUAUAUAUAUGCAUACAGUACAGUAUAUAUGUGUUCAUACAAGCUUCAUUUUACUAACACUUUGUAUUAACCUCUAAGCUUCUUAACAUUUAUAAGUGUAGACUCAAUUUAUUGCACUUUUUUAGGUUUUAAGUGUCAUAACGGUAUCACUAUUACUGUACUGUACUUGCAAAACUCUUCUUUCUCACAGUACUCAUGGGAGUGAUUCAAUUGCAUCCUCAAGGACAUUUCUCAUUUAAUUUUGUUUUAAAUUGCUUGCAAUAUGUGAAACGAGUAUUACCUUCCAGUAUCCUCUGAAAUCUUAUUAUUUUUAUACUA